GUCACGGGCGGGUGGAUGAGGUCAUCAGCGCGCGACAAGAGGAUCGCGUUAGCCCGAGCAUCUCCGGCGCGGUGCGUUUGCGGACGUUCGAUCCCCGGCUAGCAUGGCCCCCCACACCACCGUGCCGUGGUCCGUGAGCGAGGUGACGCAGUUCCUGGUCCUGGUGGCGGACGAGAAGACCCAGGCGGACUUGGACGGCAGCAGGAACCAGAAGGUCUACCGCCAGCUGGCCCAGCAAAUGGCGUCCUUUGGCUACCAGAGGACUUUCCGCCAGUGUCGGGAGAAGCUGAAGAAGAUGAAGAGCGACUACAGAUCCAUCAAAGACAACUUGUCCACCAGGAAGACCUGGAGGUGGUUCCCGCACAUGGACGCCAUCUACGGACAUCCUGCUACCGCACUUCCCGCCACACACGACUUCAUGGAGGUCAUCAUCGACGAUGACUUAAGUCCGUCUUUGGUGGAGCCCUCCACCCCCCAAAGCGUCUCGGCCCCGAAGGCAGAAGCCACGCCCACGCCGUCCCAGCCCUCGGAGGCGGAGUCCGAGGAGGAAGACGAGGUGGCGCCGGCCAAGCCCAAACGCAGACCGAGAGGCACGCGCGAGUCGGAGCUGGUGGCCGUCCUGCAGCGGAUCCACUCGGCCGACCUGAGACACCACCGGGUGGACGAGGCGCAGCAGGAGCGCGUCCUGCGCCUGCAGGAGAUGCAGCUCCAGCAGCGCUCGGAACACUUCCAGCUGGCCUUGGAGGAGAUGCGUCUGGCCAGAGAGAUGGAGGUCUCCCUGCGGAGGGAGCAGCUGGACGCCACCAACACCUUCAACCAGGCCUUCUUGGGCAUGGUGGGACAGCUGCUGCAGCGCCCGGGCCAGCAGUGAACCUGCAGGGACCAGCAGGGGGCAGCACUGCACUGCAGGAGCCAGCAGGGGGCAGCACUGCACUGCAGGAGCCAGCAGGGGGCAGCACUGCACUGCAGGAGCCAGCAGGGGGCAGCACUGCACUGCAGGAGCCAGCAGGGGGCAGCACUGCACUGCAGUGUCAGAGGAAGAUGCUGAUGGUCCCAAGAUGUCUUGUUGUAUAUAUUUGUACGGAACUUUUCUACACUUUGGAAUUGAUCAGACGUUAAACACGUGACUCUCAGUGGAAAAAUACUUUUUUAAAGUCAAUGAGGAUUUUUAUUAUUUUAACCUUUAUUGAUCUUUUGCUGGCCUUUUUGUUUGUUUUCACUGGAUACACAAUCAAUGACAUCCAUGACAACGAUGCUGUUACAGAAAGGAUGGUGUCAUCAAAGUCCUGCCAGUCGUGUGUUUUCAUAUUAAAACUUAAUGCUCAAGUCAA